AACUUCCUGUGGCAAACAUUGAAGCUCGGCCUCACAGUCGGAGCAGCUUCCAUAGAGACCAAACUGUAUUUUUCACGGAGCCCAAAUGUCCAAAUGUCCAGAUAGAGCUGUCUGAAUAGACUCUGUGCUGUUCCCUUUAUCUGAACAUGUUUAACAUCUGAAUUAUCUCCCGGUGUCCUACGAAGCUAAUGCAGUUAGCUUAGCUUGCUAGCUGGAAAUAGACGGACCCGAACGUGAGUUAUCAACACAGCGCGUGAGCUGUAACGGAGUGUGUCUGGAGGAAAAGCUGCUGUAAACAUGUCUAAAGUCCAAACGCUGAGAGCUUUUGUCCAGCAGCGACUAAGUGCGGCUGCUGAAGAGAUAUUUGAGCUGUUUGAAAGAACGAUAGCAGAGUACGAGGAGGAACUUUGUGGACAACGCAAACUACUGGACGCUGUUUUCAAGCCUGAAGUCCGGUUACACAGAGCAGACGUCCAACUGCUGUUGGUGAGUAAAGAAGAGGUUCCCCCUGAGCAACAGCAGUGGAGCUCCAGUCUGGACCAGGAGGACCCACCAGGGCCCUCACACAUUACUGAGGAACGGAGCCCGAAUCUGGACCCGGAGGACCUACCAGAGUCCCCACACAUUAAAGAGGAGUGGAAUCCCAGUCUGGACCAGGAGGACCCACCAGAGCCCCAACACAUUAAAGAGGAACAGGAGGACCUUUGGACGAGUCAGGAGGGAGAGCAGCUUCUAAAGCUGGAGGAGGCUGAUGUCACCAAGUUCACAUUCACUCCUGUCUCUGUGAAGAGUGAAGAAGAUGAUGAAGAGAAACCUCAGUCCUCACAGCUUCAUCAAAGACUCACUGAACAGAUAAAAACAGAAUCUGAUGGAGAGGACUGUGGAGGACUAGAACCAGCGAUGAAAUCAGAGCCAGAUAAACAUUUACAACCAGAUACUGAGGAUGAGACAUCAAAAUCUGAUUCUGAGACUGAUGUCAGCUGUGAUUGGGAGGAGACCAGAGAAGCUCAGUCUGUUUCCAUCCCUCUACAAAACAAUGAAGUACCUGUAAUGGGUAUGUCGAGUAAUAAGGUAUUAAGUGCUGUCUAA